AAGGGAAAAUGGGGACGAAAACAAAGAACGAAGGAGAAGUAAGCAAAGCAAGAUAAAGCAGUUACCUCUUCCUAUAUCGAAUGGCGCAUAUUACGAUGUGUAUUGGUCCCCAGUUGUUUCUUCUUCUUCUUCUUCUUGUCCGAACCCAUUUUCCACAUUUCCAUUUCUUCUCCAAAUUUACCAUGCUUUCUGAUUUGGGUUCAUUCUAGUUCCUCUUAUUUAUCUCCUUCUUCUAUCCAUUUGCAUUUCCUUUUCAUUCUGGUUUGUUAAUUUUUAAGCUCAAAAUGGCUGUGGCUAUGGCUUCUUGCAGUCUUGGGGUUAACUUGGGUAGUAACUGUAGUUUGAAAAAACCCCUUGCAAUUCCAUUACAAACUGGGGCUACAGUAGAAGGGUCCUUUGGGUUUGGUUCUAAAAGCUUCUUCAUUGUUCAGAAGGGAAGAUUGUUAUCUUCAUCAACUUCAACUACUCCACGAGCCUCUUCUGCUACAGCUGUGGAGGGUGGUAAACCUGAUGGAAGUCAAAGUGAAACUGACAAGAUCCCAAUUCCCAAAGUUAUUAUUGAUCAAGACUCUGACCCAAAUGCAACUGUGGUGGAGAUAACAUUUGGAGACCGGCUGGGGGCUCUUCUUGAUACUAUGAGUGCGCUUAGGAACCUUGGCCUGAAUGUUGUCAAGGCCAAUGUCUAUUUGGAUUCUUCUGGAAAGCACAACAAGUUUGCCAUCACCAGAGCUGAUACUGGUAGGAAAGUAGAAGAUCCAGAAUUGCUUGAGGCUAUUCGUUUGACAAUUAUAAAUAAUCUGAUAGAGUAUCAUCCGGAAUCAAGUUCCCAGUUAGCGAUGGGAGCAGCGUUUGGAAUUGUUCCGCCACCAGAACAGGUUGAUGUGGAUGUGGCAACCCACAUAAGCAUCAGUGAUGAUGGCCCCAACCGAAGUUUGCUUUAUGUGGAAUCAGCUGAUCGCCCUGGAUUACUGGUGGAUCUUGUAAAGACUGUAACUGACAUUGAUGUUGCUGUAGAAUCAGGAGAAUUCGACACUGAGGGGUUGUUGGCCAAGGCAAAGUUUCACGUUAGCUACAGGGGUAAACCUCUCAUCAAGCCUCUCCAGCAGGUUCUUGCUAACAGUUUGCGGUAUUACUUGAGGCGACCAAUGACUGAGGAGGGGAGUUUUUGAGCCAUGUAGACUACAUUUUCAUGAAGUAUACUUGGAAUUUCUUCAACGAAGCUAAGCGAAGUUGCAACCUUUUUAUUCUGUUGAAGAAAAUAGGGACAAAAAAUAAAAAAAGAUGUAAGAGUCGGGAAAUGUAAUCAAAUGUAGAAUAUUAUUGUCCAAAUUCUUGUAAUAAUAUCAUAGUUACCCUUCUUCCUUUA